AUGUUUAGCUUAGUAGUGGCUAACAACGCCACGCGUGGGAAGGUCAUCGCCCAUGUUCGACCAUACACACUGUUCACUCAAAGGCGUUUCUUAGAAUACUGGGCCUUUGGAGUGACCGGGCGUACGCAGCACUACGCCCAGGGUGACAUGCUGCCUCGCCUAGACAAUACCCACAAGGCGAUCAACAAGUCCACUGCCGAGGCAGCUACCCUUACCGGUAACCACAAAGGCAUCGCAUACGAUAGCACGAACAUUUUUAGCGUUACUGGGUUCAGCCAGCUCGAAAAGGAGCACUACCAGCCCUUGCGUGGUAUUGCUAAACACAAGGUUGACAGCUCCCUACGGGAAAAAGAAGGUCAUGCCGUCGCCGCGCUGAUGCGGGAGUUACAGGCGUCGAGUGGAACGGAAUCCCUCGAGUACCUAUGGUGGACACGCUUGUUGAAGGACUUCCCCUCACUUACUAAGCCAUGUACGCCCGACUUCAAGAAGUCCUGGGAGGAGUUUUAUCUCAAGGCGUUUGCGGUAGCCCACGACAAUGCAGCAGUGACCGCCCUGGCGGUGCCGUUUGUGCGGGAGCAGAUGCAGGUGAACUACAUCUCGUAUCCACUCUUUUGGCGGAUUGCGGAGCGGCUGGGAGAUGCCCUCGAGAGCGCCCCCCUCGCCUCACGUUACGAAAAGCGCGUCUCGAGGUGGGUCGUUGAGCACGUCACGAAGCUGAUGCUAGACACCAUCGCCGACGAGCCUUGGGCUCACCAGGAUACCACCAGCCCACUCCACGUUGAUGUCUCGAGUGUUCGAGCUUGGCAUGAAGCCGGGCUUUGGUAG